UUUCCGGUUGUCACUGUCGACUCUGACCCCCGGUUUGAGCAGAGCCCUGCCUCUCUGCCAGAAGACAGAAUAUUUGGUCUAAUUUCUGAGACGUGCCAGGGUGUCCCCCCUCUCCAUGUGUGGUCCCUAAUGGGCGGCUGGUCUCGCAGUGCCGUGCUGGAGCUGUACCGGGCGCUGCUCCGUGCAGGGCGUCACCUUCAGUACACUGACCGUAAUUACUAUCGCCGUGCCGUGGCGCGCGAGUUUCGCCGCUGCCAAGCCCUGACCGUACGUGAAGAUAAGGAGGACGCACUGAGGAGGGGCCAGUUCUUCCUCAGAAGCAGAUUGGGCGGGCUUAUGUAGGGGGAAGGUGUCACGGGUCAUCUGGAGGUGGGAUAAAGGUCAUCUGGAGGUGUAGCUGCCUGUGGCAGGAUGGCGGGGGUAAAUGGAGACCGCAAAGGGAAGAAAGAUGACAAUGGAAUUGGCACUGCCAUUGACUUCAUGCUUUCCAAUGCCAAGCUUGUGCUGGGAGUGGGAGGAGCAGCCAUGCUUGGCAUUGCAACAUUAGCUGUCAAAAGAAUGUAUGACCGUACCAUAAGUGCUCCCACCAGCCCCACCAAGAUGGAGCAGACAGGACAGAGAAGCUGGGAGGAGCCCGUCUGGAUGGGUUCGUCACCACGGGUACUGAACCAUGGCAUGAAGUCCACAGUUAGCAGGUCGCUGCAGUCUCUGCCCACUUCCUCACAUGCCUUUGAACCAGACUGUCUGCGGAGGGCUGUGGGGCGAGCUGCUGUGGGAGCCAGUGGUGCCACUCAGUCAGACCUGCUGCGGGCACGAAUGCGUCUGUCCCUGCAGGAACAUCUGUGGCAGUUCUACCAAAAUAAUGUGAACAUCCCUGCUGAAGAGCAGGCUGUGGCUAGGAGGGCAGCGCUGGACAUCUGUGCUGAACUCAGAGUGUUCCUUCACGCCAAACUGCCUGACAUGCCGCUCAGAGAGAUGUACCUGAGUGGCAGUCUGUAUGAUGACCUGCAGGUGGUGACAGCGGACCACGCCCAGCUGAUGGUACCUCUUAUCUUGGAGAAGAACCUGUGGUCGUCCAUCCCCGGCGAAGACACCAUCAUGAAUGUCCCAGGUUUCUGGCUCGUCCGCAGGGAGAAUCUGGAGUAUUUCCCACGGAACAGCAGCUACUGGGACCGCUGCAUGGUCGGAGGUUACCUAUCCCCUAAAUCAGUCCUCGAGGUCUUUGACAAGCUCGUGGCUGGAUCUAUCAACUGGCCAGCUAUAGGGAGUGUCCUUGACUACAUUAUCCGUCCUGUGGUUCCCUCAGAAACAUUGACCCUGGAGGUGCAGUACGAGACAGACCGGAAGCUGUACGUGGACUUCCUGCCAUUACUUGUGAUGGAGGAUGGAACCUCACUGAUCGCUAAACCACAUCGACUUGCUGCAGAGCGCCAUGAAAACCUGUGGCGGCAGAGCUUCCGUGUGGCUGAGACGGCGCGACUCAGGGCCCUAGACCAAGAGGAUGGAGGCUGCCGAUGCGCCUGCCUGAAGGUGGCGAAGGCCGUGUGCAAGCUUAACCAUGCCCUUACCCGGCUCAACUCCAGCCAGCUCACCAACGCCAUCUUGUUGCUGUGCGAAAAAGAAGGUGACUGGACCCAGGAAGCGCUGGCGGACCGCUUCCUUCAGCUGCUACGAGCGCUAGUGGGACACCUAGAGGCCGGGAGGCUGCCAUGUGCCCUCAGCCCUAAAGUUAACUUAUUCUGCGAGCUGACUGAACAUGAAGUGGACGAGCUGGGGUAUACACUCUACUGUGCCCUCUCAGAUCCUGAGGGGCUGCUGAGAACUGCUGAUGCAAAGCCACCCUUUCCCUGACCACCUCAUAUAAGAAGGUCACGGCACGGCAAACAUGGUAUUGAAAUGCAGACCACUGUUUUGUGGGUAACAGUGACCUCGAGCCAUAAUGAGGAUCCUGGAAAAGAGAAAACGACUGCAUGGAAUCAUUUCUCCUGAAACACAUGGCCUCUUCAUUCAAAAAUUCCUCUUAACGCACAUCCAUGAAAAAGUGUGACAUACACACAGUAGCAGUUAUUAUGUGCUGAGAUCUCUUUGAGUCUUGACAUGAGAGCUGUAUGUGGCGUGAUCACGCAAAUGCUAUUUUAAUCUCAGAUGAAAUUGAAGGCCUGUUGGAGUUCACGGCUCUCACUAAGGCCAUUGUAUUAAUGAAGUUGAGUAGACAUGCUGUUGGGGCUGAAUAUAUUGGGAUGGAGGGAUUAAACGGCAUUGGUUCUAUAUCAAAAUAGAAGGAAUCUGAAUGUCUUCAUCAUAUUUGAAGUAUUUUUAACUGGGGGACAGAUGUGCAGUUAAAUGUUGUUUCAUCUGUUUUGAGAUGGGUUCACAGUGUCAUGCGGGUAGAAUGUAACAUUGAUUGUGUGUAUGCCAACCCAAAAGCAUAAUAAAUUGUUAAUCAGCCUGAAAGACUAAACAUUCUUGAGUUAAAGAGAGAAUCUAGCUGUAUUUAUAUCCUGUUUUGUUAUCACAUAUAUUAAAAACUUUUUUUGAGUUUAGUGUCCUCUAGGAUUUGUAAGAAAACUUCAUUAAUACAGUGGCUGUGUUCAAAAUGUGUGCUUUACGUGUUUCUAGCAAUCUGAAAACAAACGUUGGGCUGUGUUUGGAGUGUUGCAUGUGUUACGUACCUGAUCUAGGAGUGAAACAGGUGAACAUACACGUAUAGUGUGGAGUUAUAUGUUGUCUAUUUCUAACUCACACCAAUCAACUAUGAAUCUGAUAUAAAGUUAUACUUCAACAAAUGGAAUAUACCACCGUUUAAGGAUCUGUGAGGUAUAUGAUUUGUUGGGUGUCAUGAAAUUUUAUCAACACAGCGCCACCAUUUUAGCAUACACUUUGCUUGAACAGAAAAUGUUUCCAUUUGGUGGUCCAAUACACAGCCACUCUGUGUAUCUCAUGAAAAGGAGGUUUUCUCCUCUCCUGUCUUACAUUUGUUGCUUUGGUGCACAGGCCCGACAUGCUUUAUUAACUCAUCUUUUAUGACGCAACACGGGUUAUUUUGGACUGUCAAAAUGUUCUGUUGUAAAUUUUGCAACACUGGUAUUUUUCAAGGUCAAUAUGUUCUGUUGAAGAUUUUGCAACAAAGUGUCUCAGUAGGACACUAUAAAAGUGGUUUUUGCUUUAAUUGAAUUCAGAUCAUCUUGUAGAUUGUUACCUUCAGUAUGGGUUGCGCACACUUGCUAAAUCAGGGUCUUUGUAGCAAGCAUCUACCUUUGGCGGACACUUGUUGCUCUGCAGUUUGACACGUCUGUUAGCAACAACACGCUGCUGUAGACAUGGUACGAACCUGCAGAAGGUUUUUGUGCAUUUGUCAUUUGGUGAAUUAGCCCAGUAUUAACUUGAGUUCCUGGCUGGCUUAUAGUUAGAGCAUUGAGCCUUUUACCUUUUGUUGUUCAGUAUUUGUGUGCACAUUUAAAUCCACAUUAAACCCAGAUUAACUUGUAGGUGCCGCUCUGGCCCAGUCUCUCUAGAGUAGAUAGCCAGACGCCGAUUUGUGCAGUAAAGCCUACUAGGCUGUUAUUGGUUAGUCCUGGCCCUGUACAUGAAUGAUCACUAUUAGCAGGCUGCUUCUGCCUGUCAGGUCUACAUGUAUAUUAGAUUACAGGUGCUAAUCUCCUUUAGAUUGUGAUCUGAUUACAGAUCCUCAGUUAUGUAAAAACAGCUUUGAUAGCCGGGGUUUCUGAGAAUAGACUGGUACUCAGUGGAGCUAGUCGGUUCCCCCUCAUUGCAUUGCAGGUGGAGUCACUACAACAACAGCUGCCAGACCGUCAAGUGGAGAUGGUGUCUCUCUCCAAAUGACUACCCAAAAAUAAUCACAUGGUUGCUUUUUGUUGUCACUUUUAGCCUUAGAA